CAUUUUCCCACUACACCAAAAAUGACAAUUUUUCGUGGUGUGGUUGCUUAUUCUGCACGCGGACAUAUCGGGAUACAAUUACCCUACUGAUUUCGGGAUCCACGGCCACUGGGUCUUGGAUAGUAUAUUGUGAGUUUUUAUGUUUUAGAACAAACGUAAACACGCAAGAAAUUAUUUUUGUCACCCCAAUCCCGAUAUAUGUAUAAUCAAUCUUCUCUCAGUCUUAUUCUUCUAUCAUUUAAACUAGGGAUCUCAAAGGUUAUCCAAAUUAUCAUACCCGAAAUCCGAAACUCUAUCUUUUUUCUAUCCGAAAUCCCAAUCCGAAGAAAUUUGUAAAUCCGACCCGACUUUUUUCUUUUCCUGUGGCAUUCUUGAUCCAAACCACAUAUUAAAAUUAUUUUUAAAAAUUAUCAUCCAAUUUUCUCUUUUCUAAGACAAUUUUUUUUAUAAUAAUAUUCUUUAAAAAUCUAUGCACUUUAUUUUUUCCUCAUCAGUCUCAGACUUUUAUUCACCUCAAAAAAAAGAGAAUUAUGAUGAUAAUUGUUCUUCACAUAUCUAUAAAAAUAUUCCCUUCUUCACACCACAAAAGCUUCUCCUUCCCUCCAUCAGGUCGCCGUGCUGAUUGGUGCCAGCGUGACCUUCUAUCCCUUAAAUAUAUUUUUCCCUCAUCUUUGCCUCUUUCCAACAAACACAACAAAAACACGCGCAGAGUUUCCUUCCUCAUUCACCCCCUCAAUCAGCAAUUUUAUCGUUUAUUUAUUGGUUAUUUUUAGGUCGACAUAUAAGCACAAAACACUCUUUCUCUCCUUACUUUUAAUUUGAAUUCAAUGACUUUUUUGAAAAUCCUUGGGAUUCCUUCUUUAAUCUGUUGGAUUUAAACUCUUUCUCUUCUUUAAAAUUUAUUGCGUGAUCUGAUUUUUCUUUAGAAGUAUAACCAAAAGUUUUAUGCAAAGGGGUUAUAGAGAAGGAGAGGUUUUAUUUGAAUCUGCUUGACUCAAUCGACUUUGUCAAGGAACCUGAAGCAACAACUUUACAUAACAGCGAUACUCCUAACCUUAAAUUAGUGGUAUCACUUGAGGUAUUCACUCGGGAUGGAUUUUCUUCCGCCUUUCGUUUUCCGCCUAAUUUCGCGUUUUUUGGCCCUUCCGUCUUCCGCUUUUUUAAAUUCAAAAUUAUCCAUCCCUGAUGUUCACCUUUCUAACCCAUCAAUA